AUGAAUGGAGGUUACAGCGACAAGCUGUACCAUAGACGGCCAUACACCCAGCCCAUCACCGUACAGCCUCAACACCUCUGGUCCAUCACCUGGUGGAGGCCAUAUACCCAGCCCAUCACCGUACAGCCUCAACACCUCUGGUCCAUCACCUGGCAGAGGCCAUACACCCAGCCCAUCACCGUACAGCCUCAACACCUCUGGUCCAUUACCUGGCAGAGGCCAUACACCCAGCCCAUCACCGUACAGCCUCGACACCUCUGGUCCAUCACCCUCGGAGGCCAUACACCCAGCCCAUCACCGUACAGCCUCGACACCUCUGGUCCAUCAGCUGGCGGAGGCCAUACACCCAGCCCAUCACGGUACAGCCUCAACACCUCUGGUCCAUCACCUGGCAGAGGCCAUGCAGCCAGCCCGCAAGAAAAUGCAUGGACACCAUGUGAGGAUUGUAAGGGGGAGUUUGAAAGAAUCCUACAGGAAAAGAGAAGGAUCGAUGAAGUCAUCUCGAGAAUAGAUCCAGGCCAGGUCAGAGAGCUUCAGACUCUCUGCGACUUAAUUGGAGAGAGAUAUUGUGGCAGCCCAGCUUCAUCAUCAGGCCAGCAGGAGCUGUUUCCUGGGAGCGGCAUAUUCAUCUCAUCAUUCCGCCUUGCUGCCAUGAAUCACGCAUCAAAACCAAAUUGCAUGCGUCUGUUUCAUGCACUUUUUGAUAAUUUCUUCACUGUUGAGGAGUGUCAAAAUGCAGUGCCCUUUGGUCGCCCUGGCAACAACCCCUCAGGAAAGGAAGGAAAGCAGGUCCUUGACCGUAAAAAAGUUGACGGAAUCCUAACUUAUGUCCUGAGAUGUGCAACUCUACCGGACUGGGAACCAAUUGAGGAGGCCAAGCUCAAGAAAGCCUUUGUGAACAAAUGUAGGGCCAGAGCAGGCUCCAAGGAGUAGGCCACUGAUAUAGCCUGUCCUAUGUGGACCGCUAUCUCUCUCUCUCACCCCUUUUUUAUUUUUCUUAUUCAUUUUCAUGGUAAUAUGUUAAUAUAGUUAGUAGUAGUAGGCAACGGGACCGCCAGACCGGUAAUGACCAUGGAAAAUUCACAUACGGUAGUCUACUGCCGGCAACAGCACCGAUCGGGUCAGAAUGAACACCAUCAACGACAACAACAACUCCUAUUGGCUGCUCCCAUUAUCACCUCCGGUUCAACCUCGGAGUUGGUACAUUCCCUUUCCGGUUGAUGUUAUUUGUAAAUUUGUCUUGGUGUUUGUAAAAGUGUGUGUUUCUUGGUAAUUUGUUUUCUGAAAUUUUAAAUUUGUUUCGGGACUUGUAAAUGUGUUAUGGUAAUGUAAUUUUGUUUUAUGAUAUGUAAAAAUGUUUUCUAAAAUGUAAAUUUGUCUCAAGCUUUGUAAAAGUGUUUCAGAUUUUGUAAUGUUGGUUUGCACCUCCAGGCCACCGUACUUUUCAUGUGUGUGAGCCAAACGUUGUUCCAUGUACCCCGCGUUCCACGUGCUGGUCAGUGUUUUAUUUUUACAAUCUGGAAGUGUUGUACUGUACUGUACUAGUGAUGUCCCCACACUCUAGCACCUACAUCUGAGGAGUGAGCUGAGUUGGUACAAGUGUGCCUUACUAUAGUUGGCAUGCUAACCAAACCCUGUUAUCUAUUCAUGUUGGUUUGCACCUCCAGGCCACCGUACUUUUCAUGUGUGAGCCUAACAUUGUUGUUCCACGUACCCCACGUUCCACUUGCUGGUCAGUGUUUUUUGUCUGGAAGUGUUGUACUGGUGUUACACAAAUAAAUGGUGUUAACACAAAUAAAGUUUUCAACUUUUCAAUAUU